UGGGAACUAAGUGAAGGGGACAUAGGAGUAAACUGGGAGGUCUAGUCUAAACAGUGGGGAGAUUUCCGAGUCUCACACUGCACCAUUCAGCCAGGAGACAGUUGGUGUCACUACUGUCGCCCAGGCCUCCUCCGCACUUGCUACCUCCGCUAGAUAGCUGCCGCCCAGCCCACGCACUCCUGCUCCCUUUGCUGCUGCCACCUCCUCAUCCAGAGCAUCAGCGACCCAAGUAUCCGUGAGUCAUUUUUUUCUGCCCUUCUCUGGGCGCGUGGUCCCAGCUGUAGUUGCCACCUUAAGAGGUUUUUGCAGGCUGGUAGAAUGGCAGAAGCAGAUCCUAAGGUGGUCUCAGAACCUGCCGCCCAGGGGGUUGCCGAAGAGGUGAUGGCUAGCUCGUCCAGUGAUUGCGGGGAAGAGUCUGACAGCAGUAGCUCUAGCAGCAGCACUGGGUGCACCAGCAGCCCCCGUUUCUGUAGAAAGAAGUGGGUACCUGAACCUUCUAGGAGGGCGGCGAGGAGGGCUCCAUUAGGGAACAAUUUCGUGGAUUGGCUGCCUCGGGCAGUUCGAAAUCGUGUGCAGGCGCUCAGAAAUAUUCAAGCUGAAUGUGACAAGGUAGACGUCCUAUUCUUAAAGGCAAUUCACGAUCUCGAAAGAAAAUAUGCUGAACUCAAUAAGCCUCUAUAUGAUCGGCGGUUUCAAAUCGUAAAUGCAGAAUAUGAGCCUACAAAAGAAGAAUGUGAAUGGAAUUCACAGGAGGAGAUGUUCAGCAGUGAUGAGGAGGUGCAGGAAGACAGCCCUAGCGAAAUGCCUACCUUAGAGGGGGAGGAAGAAGAUGACCCUAAACAGAAAUCCGAGGUGAACGCUGAAGAAAAUGAGAUUCCUAAAGAAAUUCUUGAGGCAAAGGCUGACGAAAAUGCAGAGUCUAAAGAUCUUCUGGAGGCAAAGCCUGAAGUAAAAGAAAAGCCUAAAGAAGUCCCCCAGGCAAAGGCAGAAGAUAGAGAACAGCCUAAAGCAGCAGACGCUAAGGCAAGGGCUGCAACGAAAGAGGCUCCUAAGCAAGAGGCUCCUAAGCGAGUUCCUGAGGUCAGGCCCAAAGAAAGAAUGAAUCUCAAAAGAGCUAGAAAGGGAAAGCCUAAAAAAGAAGACCCUAAGGGCAUCCGUAACUAUUGGCUGACUGUGUUAAAGAAUGUGGAGAAGCUCGGGCCCAGGAUUCAGAAGUAUGAUGAACCCAUUCUGAAGUUCUUGUCAGAUAUUACCCUGAAGUUCUCAAAACCUAGUCAGCCUCUAAAUUACACAUUUGAUUUUUAUUUUCGGCCCAAUCCAUACUUCACGAAUGAGGUACUGACCAAGACAUAUAUGAUAAACUCAAAGCCAGAUCAUAAUGAUCCAUUCUUCUUUUGGGGAUGGGAAAUCCACGAUUGCAAAGGCUGUAAGAUAGAUUGGAGAAGAGGAAAGAAUGUGACCGUGACAACCACCCACAGUCGCACCACUGCUGCUGGAGAAAUUGAAAUCCAGCCAAGGGUGGUUCCAAAUGCAUCAUUCUUCCAUUUCUUUAGCCCUCCUGAGAUUCCUAACAUUGGAAAACUGGAACCACGAGAAGAUGCUGUCCUUGAGGAGGAUUUUGAAAUUGGUCAAAUUUUGCGUGAUAAUGUCAUCCUGAAAUCAGUCUAUUACUAUACAGGAGAAGUCAAGGGUGCCUAUAAUAAAGGUAAAGAUUAUGGAAACAGGAAAUACCAAAAAUAA